UGAAGCUAUUUUAAGUCUUUACGGUGAAGCGGGGCGACCCCGUGAACCCGUUAGACUGGAGGAGCCCGUUCCGCCUCGGUUUGAAGGUGAACCCUUCCUUCAGCACGCCCGUCCCUGAGCGCUGCUCCCGCGUGAGCGUCUCUGCGCGACGCUAUGCUCCUCACCAGAUCCAGUCCCAUCAGGCACUGCGGGCCGCUGCUUCACAGACUUCUGCACGGUUCUUCCUCCUCCAGAAUGCCGAUUCAGGUUGGUGAGCCUCUUCCGGCUGUGGAAGUUGAUGAGGGGGAGCCAGGAAAGAAGGUGUCCAUGGAUCAGCUCUUUAAGGGAAAAAAGGGGGUCCUCUUUGCUGUCCCUGGAGCUUUCACUCCAGGUUGCUCUAAGACUCACCUCCCAGGUUUUGUGCAGGAAGCUCAGAGCCUGAAAAGCAAAGGCAUACAGGAAGUGGCGUGCAUCUCUGUCAAUGAUGCGUUUGUCAUGGCUGCAUGGGGGAAGGAGCACGGAGCAGAGGGCAAAGUCAGAAUGUUGGCUGAUCCGACUGGAGCAUUCACGAAGGCCGUUGACCUGUUACUGGACAGUGAUCAGAUUGUGCAGGUGCUGGGAAACAAACGUUCUAAGAGGUAUGUGAUGCUGGUGGAGGACGGAGUGGUGAAGAAGAUCAACGUGGAGCCGGAUGGCACCGGUUUGACCUGCAGUCUGGCCUCCAACAUCAUGUCGGAGCUGUAGCCUCCACACGGGUGUACUGAACCAGAACCGUUAACCAACAGCCACUGUAAAAGAUGCACUGUUUCCUCUUUUCCCAAAGUUUAAUGCAAUUGUAAAGUGAACGCUUGUGUCAGAGCUGGAAGGCAAGCCAUACGCACAAUUAUGACACGGGGAGCUUUUUCUAGACUGUUCUUUUGUUUAUUUGUAGCAAAUAAAAUUCUUUCUAAAAGCAAUAAAA